AUGGAGGUGUUGUGUGGGCGGCACGCUGUUGCGGCUGCGCUGGCUGCUGGACGGCGGCGGGUGGGCAAGCUGCUCGUGACCCAGGGCGCAGCACACCUGGACUUCCUGCGUGACAUCAAAGGCCUGCAAGUCCAAGGGACGAAGCACCACCCACAACAGCAGCGGCAACCACCACGGAAGCACACCCAGCCAGUUGCAUCGGCUGUGGUGUUGGAGCCGCAACCACACCAUCAGCAGCAGCAGCAACAAGAUCGUCAUCAUCAGCAGCAUCAGCAGCACAACAAGGGGCAGGUUGUGCCUGUUGAGGUCGUAUCAAGGCACCAGCUUGACAAGCUGACGGCUGGGGCUGUUCACCAAGGCGUUGCGCUGCGCGCCUCGCAGUACCCGUUGGAUCCGUGGUCCCUGGCCAUGCUGGAGCGGGACGUCAGGGAAGCAACGGCGCAGCCGAACAGCAGUCAUCUGCUUGGCGACCCUGCAGGCGCGCGGACCGUUGCUCGUGCAGCAAAGCCAGCGAGGACCACACCACCAUCACAACAGCAAGCUUCUUCUGCGUUUCCACCGCUGUCGCUGCCACCCAGGCUGCCGCUGUAUGUGCUCGUCACCGGGGUGCAGGAUCCCGUCAACCUCGGCAGCAUCCUACGCAGCAGCUACUGUCUUGGGGUGCGCCGCGUGUUCCUGAGCGACCGCCAGACUCUCAAGCCCACGUCAACGGUCAGCAAGAGCAGCGCAGGCGCGCUGGAACUGCUUGACGUGCACACUGUUCGCGACGAGGCGUCGUUCAUCGCCCACGCAGCAGACCACGGCUUCCUCUCCUUUGCAGCGUGCAUGCAACCGAACGCCAACUCCCAGCAGCCGCACAUGUCAACCGCGGAUCUGCUGCUACCAACACAAGCUUCAACGCCGCCAUCGUUGUCUUCUUCCCUGCCGUCGGCUGACGCGUUGGCAAGCGGAGCGACUGCACGCGGCGCACUGCUGGUUGUCGGCAACGAACAUCGCGGCAUCCACGCAAACGUCGUUGACGCAUGCACGGCGACGCUUGCUGUUGAUCAGCAUCGUUCGCACCUCGUUGACAGUCUCAACGUCGGUGUUGCUGCGGGCAUCCUCAUCCACGCCAUUGCCCUCUGGCUCCACAGGCAACCAGCAUGA